ACGACGAAAAUAGAGAGAAGUGUGUGAAUGUGAGAAAGAGAGAGAGAGAGAGAGAAAGGGAGGGCGAGAGAGGGGGAGAGAGGGAGGAAAAUAAGAGCCAUCAGUCUCAUCUAUCUGACUCUCAUACUACUGGAUAUUAUUAUUUUUUUUGGGGGGGGGAAACUCUUUAUUUCCUUCAUCUUAUAUUUUCCACUCAUAUUAAAUCACAAGUUGUUGUUUUUUUCUUCCUAUCUUGGAGACUGUUCGCAUCGACUCUGCUGUUUCUAAUCCUCUUUCUCUACUCUACUGCAUGGGACUGUACAGCCAUUCGCGAUUGAAUCUGCUUUUAGCCCAUAUUCGUUUUUGCUUUUUUCCCUCCGGACUAAAGAAUCUCCGAUCGGUCAGGCAACUGGACCCGAGCGUGAGUUGUGGGACCGUUUUUAUCUCCAGAAAACUCAAAACGGGGCUUCCCUCGCUGCGAGCUGCAGGAUCCAGCCCGUCUUCCUGUGUGCGUUUUUUGUGUGUGUGUGUGUGUGUGUGCACAGCUUAGUUAGUUUGAAGAGGUGACAGCAGCACAGCCAGUCCGAGAGGAUGCGUUAGACUCGGUAGCCUAAGCAUGGUGCCAUUUUGGAGAUAAGUCCCCCCUUCUUUCUUUUCUUUUUUUUUUUUUUUUUUUUUUUUAAUACAUUUUCUUCAUGGGACGGCCGGACAAGCGGGACAUCAGGUGGAGAUUUUGAAGCGUCACCCUGUCCGCGCACCUUUUGACGGCGCGCCUGUCAAUUAGUGCCACUAAUUGGAUUAUUUUGAUCAUCUUGAACUUAACAGUCUGCGGGGUUCUCCUCUCCGCCUCCUCGCCUCUCACCUCCUCCUCCUCUUCCUCCCCUUGAAGUUAUGUCAAGGCCUCUCACUCAGCUCUUACCUCCGGAUCUCCCUGCUGGGGCCACCAUCCCCCAAUUUGGGGCCAGCAACCCGGCUGGAAGUGCCCCCCAAGGUGGACACCUGACCUCCAUGACCAACCUGAAGACCCUGCUUCAGCUGCCAAUCAAGGCCGACCAGAGAGGCCCCAAGGACUGCUGCGAGAUGAAAGACAAAGACAAGCCUGUGGACUCUGAUGAAGACUCACAGCCGCCGGUUGUCAAUAGCGCAGGCCCCGGAGGGCCCGCCGGGGUCGGAGGGGCCCCUGGGCCCGGCGUGCUGCGACCCAACUCGGCGUUCCUGGGCCCACUGCUGUGGGAGAGGACCCUGCCGUGUGACGGAGGCUUGUUCCAGCUGCAGUACAUGGACCUGGAGGAGUUUCUGACCGAAAAUGGGAUGGGGAUGCAUGGCAACGGGCCCAGCUCCACCAGCGCCCAGAUCCCCUCCCAGGUAAGACUGAGCUCCCAGUCGGCGGUGCCCAACCAGAGCUCCCAGUGCCCUCCCAGCUCUCCUCCGCCCUGCUCCUCCUCUUCCUCCUCCUCCAUGUCUUCUUCGUCCUCCUCUUCCUCGCUGCUGGGACUGGAGACCGUCCAGCCACAACCGCCACCGCCGCCGCCACUGCCACCUCAGCAGCAGCCGCAAGGCAUUAUGGGAGGACCCGAGUGUCUACAUGGGGGAAGGGCGGUGCCUCAGGACCAGUCACCCACUUCUACCUGCCCUCCGGGACCCUCUGGACCUCCGGCGGCCGCCAACGGCAGCAGCGACGUCAUGGUGAACUUUGACCCCGACCCAGCGGACCUGGCGCUGUCCAGCGUGCCGGGCCAGGAGGCGUUUGACCCGCGGCGGCACCGCUUCUCCGACGAGGAGCUGAAACCUCAGCCGAUGAUCAAGAAGGCCCGCAAGAUGCUGGUCCCCAAUGAGCAGAAGGACGACAAGUACUGGAGCCGGCGCGUCAAGAACAACGAGGCGGCGAAGCGCUCGCGGGACGCCCGGCGGCUGAAGGAGAACCAGAUCUCCGUGCGCGCCGCCUUCUUGGAGCGGGAGAACGCAGCCCUACGCCAGGAGGUGGCCGACAUGAGGAAAGAGCUGGGCCGCUGCAGGAACAUCCUCAACAAGUACGAGAGUCGACACGGAGACUUGUGAGGCGGAGGAGGAG